ACCCUGCAAAUUUGUGUUCCAGUCCAGAUCUUCAGUGCGGUAACCUUAUGAUGCUAAUACUACAAUACCUGCUGCAUCGGGAACGACACUUGCUUCCUUUAAGCGCUUGAAGGUGUUGUUCUCAAGCCAUCGACUUUUGAGACAAACCAUAACGGCACUUGAAGCUGAAGCUGAUGCACUUACGGGUACCCUCUGGAACUGCAAUUGUGUCCAUUGUAUCCAUGUAUUCACAGCCUUAUUGCUUGGAGAUGCUGUACAUGCAUGAUGGCCCAGGCUGGCUCCCCUUAUUAUCUCGUUGUUGCCGUCGGGUCCCGUUGGUCACUGCGGGGACGCCGCUUUUUAUUAUUCGAGUCGGACUUGUUCUAUAAACGCAGCGUCAUAAGAGGAUUACGACGCGCUGAUAACGAGAGACCCAGCGCCCAUGUGAUCCUUCGCUUUCAUUAAACCACUGGAAGAACCGAUUUUACAUUGUUGUGUUUGCAUUCUAGGAUGAUAUAGACAAAAUUGGAAUGACUUUGAACGGAAGGACCGCGUCAUGACCGACAUGUGUGCAAGGUCCCGACGUUCCCGCGAGUGGCCUUUGUUUGGCAUCUGACUCUUUGGCCCAGCGUGCGGUACGGCUGCUUUGUUUCACGUCCAACUUCUUCACACCUUUGAUCUUUGUACCCACCCUCACAAUCUCCUCCCUCGCUCUGACAUCAAAAAUGCUCGCAGGAUAUCAUUAUAUUCACUUCUAUGCUGAAGAUCCAGGCGUCUUUACAUACGUCCAACAUAUUAUUGAUUCUCUGGAUUCUAUGACCGGCCCACUUGACUGGUCAGGACUUUCGAUAGCACAAGCAUACAUAUGUUGCAGCCCAACUAGUCUUGCUGGCCAAAAACACCCUUCAGUAUUACUCCUCAAUGCAAUCCACCGUCUUCAAGUAUUAAACAACGAAGAAAGUAGACAGGGUCGUACCACCGUACGGACUAUCAUCAUAUGGAUUCAUCCUUUGUUUACUUGGGAUGAGAGCACAUGGGACCAUGUUAUUAGGGAAGCCGCAAAGGCGAACGUCAAUCUUCAAUUCGCAAUUUUUUCCUGGAUGUCACUGCCCAUUGAGAUAGGGAAAUGCCGACGCGCCUCUUUGCGCGAAAUAUUUCCUGCUCGUCCAGACAGCCCACCAAAUUCUGAUUUUGUUCAAUUCUAUAAUGUCAUAUAUCAAAUUCAGUAUAAGGCCACAGUCAUAAGACGAGAAGCUCUGUUAGCUGAGCUCCAACGGCUAGAGAUACUAAUGAGAGCUACGGGAAGACAUUCAGCGGAAAAUUCAACCCAAAACGCCCCACCUCACACUGGCAACGAUCAUCUGAUUACAGAUUAUGGCCAGCCGAACAAUGCGCACAUGGGCCAUUCUUCGGGGAUCGACUCACAACUCUCAACCCAUACCAACCAUUUGCAACCCGCCGAUUUACAGGCACAAUCCCAAGAACUAACUUUCGGAUUGCAGCAGCCUGGUCCGUCACAGAUCGCAGCGAAUCCCUACCAGUUCGAUCCGCACGUGUUCAAUCAUGAAUAUAACUUACUGGCUACGAAUCACCCUCAAGAGACAAAUUAUCAUUACCUCGAAGCUACUUCGCCUCACGAUCCAUCUCGCGACUACCCUCAAGCAUCCCUGGCUCGGUCUUCCCUGGCUCUUGCAUUAGUGCCCCACACAACGCAACCCAUACAGCAGGAUUCAAUUGCCACUUUGAACACAACUUUGACUCAGGACAACUCGCACCAAGUAGUACCUGAACCGGAAAGAGUCACGGGGAAACGACGCCGUAAAAAUGAAGAUGAGGACUCCACGGAUGCUGUGACGACUGCACAGCCCCUCAAGCGACUCAAAGAAUACGCCGACGGCAACAUCGACCCAGCUUGGAAUAUCACCACGCAGUCUGACGCGGCUGCUCAAGGUGACCACCAAUUUGGUAUAGCUACAUCCACCCUGGAUCUACCUGGCUUUUCACUGGACAACUUGGAGACACCGGCGGUCCCCGAUCUUCCCUCGGAUGAUUUUGUGCUGACUCCGCUGGUCAAUGCCCAAGCGGUUAUGAGCGAAAAAGCUAGAGGGAAGCAGAAAGAGGCUAGUUCCUAUGAAUCAACAUCAGAUGGCAACUUUGGGUACCUAUACCCGUCAGCUGAACAAGUACUUCAACCUCAACAUUACACCAACGUCGGCCCUGGUGCAAUUGCUUCCCAUGCUGCCGAAGCGGACAUCGGAGGAAUUAAUAUCAGCAACUUUGCAAGAGAACGAUCCAUUCUCAACUGUGCGCCUUCGUCAUUCACUCCCGACCCAACUCUUUCCCUUUCAAUCGCAGCUAGUAGUCGAUACUCACCAGGUGCUCUUGUGCAACCUGUAUCGAAUUCAGGCCCCCAACAUGAUGAUAGAGGGGUCAUUGACCUGACGGGAUCUUCUCCCAUCGAACCGAUCGCCAAAUCGAACACUGUCGGGUUCCCCUCUGUGACGCCUUCAUAUGAAUCUACACUCAAUCACCACUCUCACCACGCAGCUGCAACUCAAUCGUACCCAACGGCACCGCUUGGCCGAUAUCGCCUCACUCCUCAAAUUGAUUAUCCUCCCAUGAUUGGAGGACCUCCUCUAGAUACCUUCGAUAAUACCACCAAACCCACGCCACCUAUCGGUUCCUCUGGAAGGAGGUCGAGAAUGAGGAAAACUCCGAACGGGUCCCAGGCUCCUACCCCAUCUGGUACCCCGGAUAUUCCAGCUGCUCCGAAGAGACGAGGAAGGCCUCCGAAGGCUAUGAAAGUUUCAGAGGACCCACCUGUGUCUUGUGAAGCCUCGGUUACUACUCCUCAGCCCGUUAAGAGGAAUGCGCGUAAGCUAAAGGCGGCCUCCGGUGAACUUAGACGUUCGGAUAAGGGUAAGGGCAAGGGCAAGGGGAAAAAUAUCGAGAGUGUGGAUCCUAUCACUUCGGUUUCACAGCCAACUACCGUUGGUGGGGCUGGCAGAAAACCACCUGUUAUCCAGGGCCCGACUGUUGCUAUAGAUCCUCUAGGCGAUAUCUUGUCUCGAAGGGGGGGAGACGACGAUUCCGAUUUGGCAUUGCCUGGAUCGAGCCAUAAACAAUCCACGUAUGCAUUGAACCAUAAAGGUCCGUCUUUGUCUCCCGGCUCCCUACUCGAGAAGCCGGUGUGUAAGAUCCCUCCUCCAAACCAAAAUGAACACGCGGACGUAAUCGAUUAUAGUAACUCUCUCUUCACUCCUACCGAGUUGUCUUUCCCUCCUGUUAGUGUCCCAUCAAUGAACCCUGCUGCGGAAUCCAGCACUGCAGACUGCUACAGUCUGAUGCCUAUGCAAGAGCGAAGACAAACCUCCGACGAUACGAAUCCCUGGCCAUCUCCCAGCCACCUAGACGAUUCGAGGCUCACCGUAGCGGAUUAUUAUGCGGAACUCUUCGGGUCCGUUCUGUCUUGACUAGACUGGAUCUUGCCAUCAAGAAUUAGAGAUAUGAUACCUCUCCACGGGUUUUACUUGCUCGAGGAAUACCUAUACCCCUUUAUUAUUGGUAAAUGUAUAAUUUCUGUCGAGUGUGAGGCUCUCGUUGAAGUGUGGGUUUCUGAUAUGUGAAGGACGGCACGUCAAUGUGAGAUACAUGAUCUCGUGAGGAGCGUACCCCAUAUUGGUAUCAGGAGUCUUGCCAAUAACUAGCGAGCUUACAUGUUGCUCAAUAACACUUUAAGGCAAAGACGAUCUAUUGCUUGAAAGGCUCUC